AUGGAAAAGAAAGAAGCGGGAACUAGAAAAUAUCUGAUUUUUGGAGCUGCUCUCACAAUUUUUGCUAUUAUUCUGAUUCUAGUGUCCCAAAAUUCGGAGAGCUCAAAUUCUAAGAGCCCGAAGGUUUUAACUCAAAAAUCUUCAGUUUCCAUUUUCAUUGAUUCUCCGACCAAGAAAAUCGAGCAAAUUUGUCGAACUCCGGAAUGUAUUCAACUUGGAAAUCGCAUAAAAACCCUGAUGAAUCCAAAAAUCAAACCAUGCGAUGAUUUUUAUGAAUUUGCAUGUGGAAAUUUCGCGAAUUCUAGUAAUUUUUCAAGCGAAGCAAGCAUCAUUCGACAUGGAAAUCGUAGGAAAUUACGAGAACUUGUCAAGAUUUUCGAGCCGAUCACAAAAUCUGAACGGAUUUUGAAGAUAUUUUUGGAGAAAUGUGGGCAGCAGCAAAUUGUGGAGCCAAUUUUUGCGCGAAAUUCAACUAGACAAAUAUUUUGGAAAAAUGCCAGUUUCACCCAAUUAUUGAUUGAAGUUUCACAAUUUUUUUCUGAAGAUCCUGAACAGAUUUUGAUCAAUAGCAUAUUUCAUAAGAAAAAUAUAUUUUAUUUGAAAUUGAGGACUGGCAACAAAUAUAGACCUAAAAAUAACAAAUAUAGCAGGAAAUUGGUGGAUUUUCGAGAAAUUCCAUCACCAAAAUUCAUGAAUCUCACACAAUAUAUUCAAUUUUUAUUGCCGGAAACGGAGAGAAAAUUAGCGGAAAAUUGGAAGGUUUUAGUGGUACAAAAAGAAUUUGAGGCGCUUGAAAAAUAUUUGAGAAAUAAGAUGAAUUUGAAGUCGGCGCGCAAAAUGUUGAAGAAAUUGUGGAAAGAAAAAUUGGAAUUAUAUUUGGUCAAAAAGCGAAAAACGAGCGGGUGUUUUAAGGUAACCUUAUUUUGAAUUUAAAAUAAAAUAGUAGCCUUUUGAUUUUGCAGAAGGCUGAAAAACUAUUUCGAGGAACUCUUUCAAUGAUGUUUCUAAACAAGUUUGUCGGUCUGAAAACCGUCGAAAAAGCCAACAAUUUUUUCGAGGAAAUUCGAAACGAAUUUAUAGAACAAAUCGAAAAAUCCACGUGGAUUGAUAAAAAAUCGAAGAAAUUAUUGAAAGAUGAAGCGAAAGUAUUGAAUACCUCUAUUGGAAUUCCGGAUGAAUAUAAAAAUCUGGAAAAUAUUGACAAAAUGUAUUCGAGAAUUGAAAAACCGGAAAAUCAAAGUUAUUUGGAACUUGUUGAGAAUUUGCUGAAAAUGAAUAUGGAAGAGACAUUUUUAAGAGUUGCUCAGGCUCAAAAAAUGACGUAUUAUGCAAAAAGUUUGGUACAUUCUCCUAAUUUUCAUCCCAUAUCUUUUCGCGUUUGUGAGUGUGAUCGAACCCAAUUGCGUCAGAUUCAAAAUCAAAGAUUAUACCACUCUAUAAUUUUUCAGCAUACUCUGCAUUUGAUCUAACUUAUCCAAAAAUCCAUGAAAAUCUGCCAGAUUGGAAUAUGAAAAUGAUUUUGGGUCGAACUUUGGGACACGCUUUUGACGCGAAAAAAUUCGUGAAAAAUCAUGAACACAUUGAAUAUCCGAAAAAGAAAAUGAAUCGAAAAACGAGAAAAGAAUUUGAUAGAAGAAUUGGAUGUUUGAUCUCACAAUAUGAUAAAUUUGAAUUUCCGGAUGGAUCGAAAUCAAGUGGAAAACGAACUAAAAAUGAAGAUUCGGCUGAUAAAAUUGGAUUCGAUUUGGCUUUUCGAAUUUUACAAAGAGAUUUGAGGAAUUCAAAUGAGAUUAUGGAGAAAUUGCAAGGUUUGGAAGAGUUUUCGAUUGAGCAAAAUUGGUUUUUAAGAUUUGGAUAUGUGAGUAAAGAUUUAAAAAAAAUUCUUUUUGAAUCUCCUGAAAAUGCCGCACAUUUUGAGACCAAAUAUGAGCAAGUUUGGGCUCAAAAUGCUCCAAAUAACAAGCGGAUUCUAAAAAUCCUAGAAAAUUUGCAGCACUACUGCCAAAAACCAUACGAUGAAAAAGCAAUUGAAAUUUAUAAAGACGAAGUUCAUAGUGCCGAAAAAUUUCGAGUCAAUGGAAUUGUAAUGAAUUCACCGGAAUUUUCGAAAGCUUUUCAAUGUAAGCCAGGAAGUUUGAUGAAUCCCAAAGAGAAAUGUCAACUUUUUGAUGAGAAAUGA